UUCCUGGUGAAGAACGUUCGAGAAUUCUGUCAAAGAUUCAUAAACUCCCAUGCUAUCUUACUCAUAUCUUGAAAACUAAGCUUGAAGUGUGGGACUUGAAGGAAAAAAAUAUAAUUUACUCAGUAUCCUUAAAUGAGCAUUUGGGCGAGCGUUUGUUGAAGGAUCUGGAAAACGUGAACAAUACUGAGGACUAUGACAAUGUAAACAUGGAGAUUGUUUUUACCUUGUUAAUAAAUUUCUGUGACAAUGUAAAGCCUCCUGAGACAGGAUGGGGUUAUACGCCUAGUGAUGACGAUCGCUCUCUUGGAGCUGACAUAGAAAGGAUCCAUAUAUUGUGGAAUCUGUAUUGUGACAAUAAAGUUGAUGUUCUAAAUCUUCAGGAUGUGUAUGGAAGGAUGAGUGAAAAAUUUGGAGAACUUUCCGACGAAGAGUAUUUAACUAAUCGCAAUAAACCUGAAUGUAAUGCAUUGGAAUCGAAAAUUAAAAUCAUUCGUUUGAGGAGAAAUUAUGAUGUUGAAAAUGGAAUUGUUAUGACAAGGAACAUAAAGUCCUCUCUGGCACUAUUAGACACUUCAGACAUUGUUAUCUGCAUAGGCGCCAUUGGAUGUGGUAAAACAACUGCCAUGAGAUAUAUACAAGAUAGAUAUGAGGACAGAGGAUGGAGAACGGUUUGGUUUGAGGAAUAUAUUAAUGAAAACGAACUGAUGGAAAAUGAAAUUAAAGAUACUCUCCUUUGUUGUGACAAUUUGUUUGGGACAUUUAACUGCAAUGUAUUUUCGAUCGAAACUGUCACAGGAUUUGAACAUGUUAUACAAAAACAGAGAGAAAAAUGUAAAGGUCAUUUAAAAGUUUUAUUAGGAAUACAUCAACAUGCAUACGAUGCAGUUUUGAAAUUUUGUAGAGUACGGAUUAUGGACACCAAAAAUUUGAUUGAUAUUGAUCAUCUGGAUAAAGCAGAAAUGUUAUUGAUUUGGAAAGAGUUGAAAAAAGAAAGCCACUGUGUUCGUGAUCCAAGUUGUUGGUUUAAAAACAUCGAGUUUUCUUCUGUAUUCUCAAAAAUGUUACUCAAUCAAGGACUUGUGGGUAACCCAAUCUUAAUGUUGAUGUAUUGUCAGCACCAUGACUUCUUCACUAAUGAGGAUUUCAUCAAAUCACCAGUGACUACAUUAGUAAAUCAUUUUAAAAGAAUGAAAGAGGAGAAUAAAGAACUUUUCUUUGUUCUUGUUUACAUAAUGUUUGUAAGAGUUUACAAUGUAAACCAAGAUAUUGAGCCAUGGGCGGGAUCGCUUUCAGCAGAAUUAACGGAGGAUAGUAUAAAACGAUGUGUGAAAAUAUGUCCUGAGUAUCUGAUUGAAGAAAAUGAUAUUGUAGAACUGAAACAUGAACUACUAAAUAUUUCACUUUUCAAGGCUUCAUAUGAUAUACACACCGUGUUUGAUGUACUUGUUCACCAUUGUAAUAUAUCGACCAUUCUCCAAUUAACAAGACCGAAGGAAGAAUGUAACUGUGAUUUUGUCAGUUCUUUACCACCCCCUUACACAGAUGACAAGAACAUGGUUAAACUCUUAAAAAGGAUUGCGGACACUAGGGGUUGACUGUUUGACAUACCAAGUUAUCUAUCUAGAAAGUGGAAGAAAUCGCAACAAGGAAAGUCAUAAAUGAAGUGGGAAGGUCAAAUUGAAUAAAAAGAACAUUCAUUCUAAAAAGCUUCAGAAUGAAUUGGAUUUGACUUUUUUAAAUAUUAAAGGGACAUAUAAAUACAUGCAUAAAAAUGUUUU